AUGGGGCAUGUGCUGGUUGAUGGAGGGAGCUCCAUCAACCUCCUCUUCGCUGACACGUUGAACGCCUUGCAGAUCCCGAGGACUGUGUUGAAACUAUCUCAUCUCUUCUUUGGAAUCACCCUCGGCUCUUCAGCCAAAGCAUUGGGGCAAAUCGAGCAGCUUGUCACCUUCAGUUCGCCGAAUAACUUUAGGACCAAGAAAGUCUCAUUCAAUGUGAUGGACUUUGGGACCACUUACAAUACGAUCCUAGGGCAACCAGUGAUGGACCAGUUCAUGGCCAUCGCCCGCUAUGCAUACCAGGCGAUCAAGAUCCCUGGUCCCAAGGGAGCCAUCACUAUUUUGGUCAAUCCAAAGAUGGUCUUGCACUGCAAUAAGAAAAGCCUCUACAUGGUCGAGCUAACUCCUGGGUCACAGCUUGAGAACACCGAGCCCAGUGGUCGCCCGAUGAAGGUUCACAUCGUUGCCAAUCCUGACUAUCGGCUCAAGAUAGUUUGCUAA